GAUAAAGGUCAACACUUGGCAACAUUCACGGCCUUGUUCUUCACCAAUUCCCGUCUGUGUCGUCUACCGUCGGUUUUACAUUUUCUAACAGUAUUUCGUGUCCACAAUCAUGCUUGUUGUUCUCGUAACAGCCUGUAUCGCGUUGUCCUAUGCAGCUGCGGGACUCCCUGGACAUCUCAACAUGAUAUCCGGUCUCGCAGCGAGCAGACGCCAUCCGGGCAUUUUGUACGCCAUCCAAGACAACGCAGGGGAUGGGAACGUGUACAUGCUGGAUGCCACUGACGGCAGCGUCAAAGGAGUGUUGAUAGUCCAGCAUGGCGAAGAAGCUGACUGGGAAGACAUUGCUGUAGGUCCCUGUCCCGACGGCGACAGCUGCAUCUACAUCGCCGACUCGGGGGACACCAACCAAAAGUCCAGCAACGUGGUCUACAGAGUGAAAGAACCUGACUAUACCUUCACCCAGGACAUUCCGCUGACAGGCAAAUACCACUACACAUGGAAUCAUCCCAUGUCCGAAUCGCUUAUGGUUGAUGCUGCAGGAAACGUAUUCAUCCUUUCUCAGGCAACCGGUACCGGAAGUACUCUCGGACAACUGCCCUCGAGCGGAUGGACCAGCGGAAGUCAGACUGCAGUGAAGACUGUUCUGACCUUGCCCAUCACCACCGCCAACAAAGGCCCUCUAGCGGCAGAUAUCUCACCAGAUGGGAAACAACUCUUGAUAAAGACAUUAGAUCACGUCUAUGUAUGGUCUAUGCCCGAUAUGAAUGUGAAGAAAGCGCUGAGUCAUCCGGGAAGGGAUAUUCAGGGGGACAAGCCCGAGAAUCGAGGUGAAGCUAUUGCAUGGUCGGCUGAUGGACAUGGCUACUACACAGAAGGACAAGGCUCCAAUGAAAAGUUGCAUUUUUUCAACUUUCCAUGAAACUCAAAGAAAUCAGCCUUUGUUUUCGGAUUUAAGCCACGACAAAUGAAGAUUAUAUCCCGCUACAUCAUAUGAAUUGAUUCGAAGUCUGGAAGCGUUUAAGCAGUCAUGAAAAUAAUAUCCUCUCGAUCAAAUGAGCCUAUGACUUGGCAUGAAUCUGUAAUGUACUCCAUGCUACUUGUAAAUCAAUCAUAUGUGUUUUAGUAGCCUUUAAUGAUGCGUUGUUCUUAAUCGUUUUGGAAGAAACCGAGAACGCUGAUUUAGAAAAAAAACUGUUAUCGCUUCUUGUAUCAAGACCCUAUUUAGGAAAUCGUAUUCUGAAGAAAUAUUAAUAAUCACAUUUUUGUUAAUUUGUUGUGUUGAGGCGAUGAAAUCCAAACAAUAAUAAAACAAAUAGUUGCUUGAUUGGUGUUCGGUUCAUCAAGCAGUCAUCGUUUGUUUAUUGCGUGAAAGGCCACAGGCCUGUAAGGACAUAAUAUUACAUUAAAUUACAUUUCACCUUACAAAUAGGUGAGUGAGUGGGUUUAACGCCGCUUUGAACAGCAUUCCAGUUAUGUCACAUUGUGUCAGCUCACAGCUCGCAAUGAUGCCAGUCUCGGACGUUUACCACUUUGAUGAAACCCAUGAGCACGGCUAUGGUGCUGACAAACCAAGAAACACGAUCGGGGAGAACCGGGAUUCGUACCCGCAAUCGUAGAUUUCUGGCCUUCCCUGGGGACCCAUCUGUGCACAGCGAAUUGUGUUGCCCCAGACGACUGGGGCCCCCUGUAUAUGAUUUCCACAACAUUCGUAAUUAGUACAAACAGGUUAAUAAUGAAACGACCUCCAUUCAUAAAGGCAUCGAUGGCGAAGUGAGUGACACUCUGGACAUGUGACAACUAUUUAUCUUACAACUGUACUAUUGGCCAAGUGGCCUGAAUUACGAUUGGUUGGUUGGUUGGUUGGUUGGUUGAUUGAUUGAUGUUAUACUGACAAUUCAGUUACUUGAUGUCCGACCCGUGAAAAUCCGUAUAGAGAAAAGGUCUUCAGCAACUCAUGCUUGUCGACAGAGGCGACUGACGGGA